GUUAUAAAAGUAUAUGUGUGUUACACGCUGAUGGGACUUCACUCACAGAGAUCUCAUAAUAGGUACACUGUGAGGACCAUACGGGUUUAACUUUUUUGCAAAAAAAGGACACGCUCAACGACAGAAUGCGUGAGUGCAUAUCCAUCCAUGUUGGUCAGGCUGGCGUCCAGAUGGGCAACACCUGCUGGGAGCUGUACUGUUUGGAGCACGGCAUCCAGCCAGACGGCCACAUGCCCAACACUAGGCCCGCAGGAGGCUCCGAUGACUCCUUCACCACUUUUUUUAGUGAGACCGGCACGGGCAAGUAUGUGCCCCGAGCCAUCUUUGUCGACCUGGAGCCCACCGUCAUCGAUGAGGUACGCACAGGUACGUAUCGUCAGCUCUUCCACCCAGAACAGCUUAUCUCUGGGAAAGAGGACGCUGCCAACAACUACGCCCGUGGUCACUACACAGUUGGAAAGGAGCACAUUGACUCCGUCCUGACCAGGAUCCGGAAGCUGUCUGACCAGUGCACUGGACUCCAAGGUUUCCUGGUGUUCCACUCCUUUGGAGGAGGAACCGGUUCUGGCUUCACUUCUCUGCUGAUGGAGCGGCUCUCAGUGGACUUUGGCAAGAAGUCUAAGCUGGAGUUCGCCAUCUAUCCGGCUCCUCAGGUGUCGACUGCUGUGGUGGAGCCGUAUAACUCCAUUCUCACAACACACACCACCUUGGAGCACUCGGACUGUGCCUUCAUGGUGGACAACGAGGCCAUCUAUGAUAUCUGCCGCAGGAACCUGGACAUAGAACGUCCGUCGUACACCAACCUGAAUCGACUCAUCAGUCAGAUCGUCUCCUCCAUCACAGCCUCGCUGCGCUUUGACGGAGCCCUCAACGUAGACCUGACUGAGUUUCAGACCAACCUGGUGCCCUACCCGCGAAUCCACUUCCCUCUGGCGACCUAUGCCCCGGUCAUCUCAGCAGAGAAGGCGUACCACGAGCAGCUGACUGUGGCAGAGAUCACCAACUCCUGUUUUGAGCCAGCCAAUCAGAUGGUGAAAUGUGACCCUCGGCAUGGCAAGUACAUGGCAUGCUGUCUGCUAUACCGCGGCGACGUCGUGCCGAAAGAUGUGAACGUGGCUAUUAGCAACAUCAAAACCAAGCGCUCCAUCCAGUUUGUGGACUGGUGCCCCACCGGCUUCAAGGUGGGCAUCAACUACCAGCCUCCCACUGUGGUUCCUGGAGGAGACCUGGCCAAGGUCCAGAGGGCUGUGUGCAUGCUGAGCAACACCACGGCCAUCGCGGAGGCCUGGGCUCGACUGGACCACAAGUUCGACCUGAUGUAUGCCAAGAGGGCCUUUGUGCACUGGUACGUCGGCGAGGGGAUGGAGGAGGGGGAGUUCUCCGAGGCCAGAGAAGACAUGGCUGCCCUGGAGAAGGACUACGAGGAGGUGGGCAUCGACUCAUUGGAGCAAGACGAAGAUGAAGGGGAGGAGUAUUAGAAAAGAAAGCCGAUUAGCUUCAUUUCUGAUGUCGCCCAUUUUAAUGGCGGUUAUGUUGUCAACAAAUAAACAGUGACAUGUUCAUGCUUGUCUCAAGUACUUAAGAGCACAAGACCAUCAUGUUUGCUUGUCUUGAGUGUGACUCAGAGAGCAUAUUUGUGUCUUCUUUUCAAAUAAAAUCACUUACAUUUG